ACAAACACGAAUAAAUUUAUCAACUCAAUACCAGAUUCCGAACCUCAACUCUCGUCUCUCAGGCCCUGUUUAAAGGUCGGCAGACGCAUUGUUGUAUGAUUUACAGAUCAUACGCUAGACACUUUGACUCCUCGUAAUUAGUUUCUCAGUAGUCAACUACUUAAGUGACGAUCGUACUUAAUGACCGAUACCGUUUUCGCAUAGUUUUUCUUUGUAAAACUCGUGGCAGGCUGUUCACGAUUUAGUGUCGGUUGAGAAUAUGAGCUCUAACAUGGGCGUCAAUAACUACAUGAAUAUGUUUGUACAACCUCAGAACGGUGAUACUUCACUAAGUAAACGUGAAUCGUCUAGUUCUGAUGCUAAUGACCGUAAGCGGAAGAAGAAGUCGAGAUGGGGUGGAAGUGACUUGGAGAAAACAUUUAUACCAGGCAUGCCCACAGUACUACCUCAUAAUCUCACUAAAGAACAAGAGGAAGCUUAUAUUUUACAACUACAAAUAGAAGAAAUUGGACGCAAGCUGAGGACAGGAGAACUGGGCAUUCCAUCUAAUCCUGAAGAAAGAUCACCUUCACCAGAACCCAUUUAUAGCAGUGAUGGUAAGCGAAUGAAUACUAGAGAAUAUCGAACUCGUAAGAAGUUGGAAGAAGAACGUCAUAGACUUAUUCAACGCAUGGCAACAAUAAAUCCUACAUUUAAACCUCCUGCUGAUUAUAAGCCUCCUGUUAUUCGUGUUAGUGAUAAAGUAAUGAUACCUCAAGAUGAACAUCCUGAUAUUAAUUUUGUGGGUCUUUUAAUAGGACCACGUGGAAAUACAUUAAAAUCAAUGGAAAAAGAAACUGGUGCAAAAAUUAUUAUCCGUGGUAAAGGUUCAGUCAAAGAAGGAAAAGUUGCCCGUAAAGAUGGACAACCACUACCAGGAGAAGAUGAGCCAUUACAUGCUUAUGUAACUGGAAACAAUCCUGAAUAUGUUCAAAAAGCUGUGAACAAAAUUAAAGAAAUUAUAAAACAAGGUGUAGAAGUUCCAGAAGGUCAAAAUGAUUUAAGGCGCAUGCAACUUAGAGAACUUGCUUUAUUGAAUGGUACACUGAGAGAAAAUGAUGGACCUAGGUGUUCUAACUGUGGUGCUGCUGAUCAUAAAUCUUGGAUGGUGAAU